CUAUCACACAUUUUUAUCAGCUAGCUCCAAGCUCCCUCCAUCUUUUUUCUACACAUCGAGAAGUUGUAAAAAUAUGUACAACUCUUUUGUGCGAUGAACAUUGCCUGAACAAAAAGACUGACAAAUUACCUUUUAAAUACUUGGGAAAGAUUACAUUGAGCGUAAUAAUAAAAAUUUGUAAAAAUGGAUCUCACUAGAGCUGUAAGCACAAUGGCAACUAAUCCUUCAUCAGGAAGUGGAAAAGUGGCGUGUCCCGUCUGUACCUUAUACCUUCGAGAAGGUAUAAGUUUACAGGAACAUUUGGAUACUCAUCCAAAAGAACAAGUUAUUGAGGCACUCAUAAGAGCAAGUAGUUCUGGUUUACCAUUAUCGAACCAGCAAACGCCAUCACCUUCACAACAAAAAAGUUCUCCAACAUCUCAAGCAUCACAAACAGCAUUGCCUGAUGUCAGUGUACCCUCAAGCCCAACAGUAUCACAAGGUCCACAUAUAACACCUCAACAUCCAUCAGCGCCUUAUCCAGUAGGACCAAUAUAUGAAUGCCCACCUAUGAUACCCCCACAUUUUACAAGCUACAGUUAUCAACAUUAUGUCAAUGGUGUUUUCUCAUCAGGUGCAAGUCCCAUGGUGAUGCCUCAGUAUGCUGUAGCUCAACCACAAAAUCCACAAACAAGUCAGAUGAUGCAGAUGGUAUAUAAUCCAUUCAGUAUGUAUCAUCAACAACUGCAGCCUGCAGUGCAAAUGAUUUCAAGCCCAACGCAACAGUUACCUCAUCCUUCAACACUUGCAACACCUCUGAUAUCUACAACAUCAACAGCAACUACAGCUGUUUCAGCUCCAAUCUCAGCUAGUAUAGCUCCCAGGACAAGGAUGAACACACCAACUAGUAGUGCUUGUAUAAGUGAAGUUAUUCAACCGACUUCUACUUUAGCUAUAUCAGAGUCAACACCAAGAUGCUUAGAAAAAUCAAAAGAAACUACAAUUGUUCCAGAUAUUAGCAAUGACCAAAUAUUACCAGAUCUCGAAGUUACUUCAGCAUCUGAAACCAGCUCUAAAAACCAAGAACAUAAUGAAAAUAUUGAGAACCCAGAAGAACAAGUUCAACGUAAAGAGUGUUCGCAACCAAAAGAAUGUCACAACGAAAAUUAUGAAUGUGAGGAGCAAACUUCAUCUACGAACGAUAAACUCGAGAAUACCGUAAACGAUGAUAAAACAGAACGAAUCCUUCCUGAUAUUGAAGAUAAUGAUGAAAUUGAAUCCCUUUUGGUUCGGGAAACUUCUUCACCACAGAACGAAAAAGAUAAAAAUUCUGAUGUACAAAUGCGUGAACCUCGAGAAGUGCAGGAUACAAAUAUAGAAGUCACACAGAUUGAAAUAAAUAGCGAUAAAAAUGUUUCGAAAUCAUCUGAAUUGAAUGGUGAAAAAAUAAAUGAAACGAAUACUUCAGCUGAAUCUGUCGAGCAACAGCUCGAUAAUGGUAUGCAACCGACAGAUCUUUCAAUCAGCGAAUCACGUUCUACUCAAAAGCAACCUGACAUCGAAGAUUUGCACCGGAUCAUGGAAAUAAUAUCAGAUCUAGAAAAGAAAAGCCACGUCUUACAAUCUGCGUUACCUAAAAGCACCGAUGAUAUUUGUUUACAAAAUAGUUCCGAAAAACAUUUGGAAGCAGCCUCCUCCUCACAUAAACAACAGAUCGAUGAAGAUGAAAACAUGAGCAAUGUUGAACCAAUGGAAUGUAAGAUAAUAGUUGCCCAUGAAGACACGGAUAUGUCUUCUGAUGCCUCGAACGAUUCAUCAAUUUGUAUAACGUCAUCCGAACAGUUAUUCGAAAAAGUGUAUCAUUACAAAUUGUCCAAGUCGAAUCCAUCUUCUCCUGUAAACCCGCCAGCAAUAAAAUAUCGAUCCCUUUCGAGAGCUUCGUUACAUUUGCCUGAAAAAUUAAACGAAACUCUUGGCAAUCAACAUCUCAAUAAUGAGGCCAGCUGUGCCCAAAAUUAUCUCAAAGAUAAUUACAACGACGAAGAUAUGGAAUUAGAAGUCAGUAAUGGAGUCAUUAUUGAGCGAGAAUCCCUUAAAGCUCGGCGCACCAAACCCGCUGAAUCUCCUAUGUUAUACAACGAAGAGGAAUAUGAAGAAGAGGAAGACGACUCGGAUGCGGAUAGUUGCGAAGAUGUGGGUAAAAAUGAAGAAGACGACGAUGACGAUGAAGAUGAAGAUGAAGAUGAAGAGGAUGAAGAAGAGGAAGAAGAUGAAGAAGAAGAGCAUAUAGUUCAUGGAGAUAAAGCGCUGAUGGAAAAAGAUCCUAAUAAAUUUGAUAAUCAGUCAUCUGUUUUUGUACCUAUCGAAGAACAAGAACGAGCUACUGAUCUUAGGGCACAUAAUGGCAUUUCUGAAAGCUUUGGAACAUCGAGUAACUUCUCUGUUGACCAAAAUUUGCGAAAGCUAUCCUCAGAAAUGAGUGUCCUCCGUAACUAUCCAAUACUAUCUAAAAACGAAAAUGCUUUGAGUACAUCAGAUUCUAUUGUAAGUGCGGAUACCAGAACUAUUUCUAGUUCUAACAAGGUAUCUGCUCCAAAAUCGUCAUCAGAACUAUUAAACAUGAAUGAAAAUGCUCAUGCUGGGCCUAUCAAUUUGUUUGAAUACGACAGUCUUCGUUUACUUUUACCCAGUACAUUGGACUGUGAAUCUUCUCAGAAAGCCGUCAGUGUCGCGAGUCAACAAUCAUUGGCAAGCAGCGAAAACGAAGUUGGUGUUGAUGAGGAGGUCAAAAGUGUAAAUAUGAGAGCUGAUGAAACAAUGCCUGCAAGAGGUGAACUAUCUGAACAGGAAAGCAAUGGCUUUACAGAACAAUCAGCGUGGCAGUACGUGGGUCAAGAUUCAUCGCGUAUGUCGACGUCUUAUGAUUUGAUGGCUCGAGAAAGCUGGGAAGAAUCCGAGGGUUCAGAUCGCGACGAUAACAAUGCUUCAGAGCAGAAUCACAAUCUUCUUCUCGACAGCCGAUCAAUGGCCACACAUUUUACUUCAAGUCUCUUUCUUGAUCGAGAUAGAAAAACUCCAACAAGAGGAGUAUUCAAAUGCUCCCAUUGCCCAGAAGUAUUUGAUUGUCCAAAAGAACGUCGAGUUCAUACCACUAUGCUUCACAAAGAGGCAAUUCCAUCGAGUAGCUGUAGUAGCAGUACUGAAGCAAUUACAUUGACACAUACAAUUCAAGGUCAGCAUCACGAGUUCAAAGAUCUGAAGCAUGUGGAAGCUCGAACAAAUAGUUUUGAAGAAAUUUUUGUGCAAACCGGUCAUCCGUCACCACUUCUUCAUGAAAUGGAAACAGUUCGUCAGCGAGAUUCCAAUGCAGUUGAUAAUGAUAUGAUUAAAUUUGAUCUGGCAAGACAAGGACACAAAACUUUUGCUGGUGAUAAAGCUCUCAUGCUCCAACGUGAAAAAGUUCAAAUGAUGGUACCGCCUGCCAAGCGUGCACCACGUGAAGUAGCCAAGUGUCUGAUUUGCAAUGAAGAGUUUCCAUCAGUUGGUAAUUAUAAUCUCCAUUUGAAAAUUCAUCCUUUGGAGUGCGGCCAAUGUGGUAAAUAUUUUUAUCGAAAGCAAAACUUUAGAUUACACAUGAAAAGACACAUGGGUAUCAAGCCAUUCCCGUGUACGCGUUGCGACAAAGCUUUUCUCACAAAGCAAAAGUUAGAUGAGCACAUGAACGGACAUACUGGUAACGCACCCGUAAAGUGUAAUCUUUGCAAUGAAACGUUUCGGCGAUACUCUAACUUGACUCAACAUAAGAAUCGCCAUCACUUAAACAUUAAGAAAAAAUUAAAGGAUUACAUUUGUCAUUGCGGCGAAGUUUUUCAUACGAAGAAAAAACUCGCAUGGCAUAAAGAAACUCACGAUGAAAAACCCAAAGCAUGUACCCAUUGUAAUGAAAGAUUUGUUCAUAUGGCCAGCUUAACACGGCAUAUGCGACACGCUCAUAAUCGUCGCUUUGUCCCGGAUGCUCAACGAGAAAAUGAAAACGUUGAAUGUCCGGUAUGCCAUUGUAUAUACCUUCGCUCGUCGUUAGCCGUACACAUGCGGGUUCAUAAUGGAGAAAAACCUUACGAAUGCCAAGUUUGUUCUAAAACAUUCAGCACAAAAUGGAAUCUUCAACUCCACAAGUGGACUCAUGCAGCCCGGAGUGCCAAACCAUUCAAGUGUAAUCAGUGCAGCGCCGCAUUUUACCGAAACAGUGAUUACACAGCUCACAUGAAUUCUCAUCGUAACGUACGGCCUUAUACAUGCAAUUUUUGUGGAGCUCAGUUUAUCCGUAAGUACAAUUGUUUGCGGCACGUUAAAGAGCACGAAGAAGACAAGCAGUAUACCUGUGAAAUAUGCAACAAAACCUUUCACCGCUCGUAUUAUCUCAAAGAACAUCAGCGCGUCCAUUCGGGCCUUAGACCCUAUACUUGUCACAUAUGUGGUAAAUCAAGCAGCACUAAAUCUAAUCACAAUAAGCAUGUUAGAAUUCAUCAUGCCCGUGAACCAGUUAACACGGAAAAUUAAACUUUUUAACAAUGACGAUACAUAAACUUCAUAAAUGUAAUAUUAGUUAAUACACCUAAAACAUAAGUUGUUAAGUAUUUGAAUACUUUUAAAAAUCAUUAAUUGUUCGAUUAUUUAUUAUUCGUUUUUUUGCACUUGUGGCUAUUUUUAAUCAACCACGAAGUCAUAUGAAAAUAUUAAUCAUAUGAUGAUUUUAUAUGAUUUGUACAUGUCGUCUUAAACUUUGUUCAAAAAGUUUAAUCAUGCAAUAUCUAUUAUAUCAACAUCACUAUUUUAGUUCAAAUGCUCGAAUGAGAUUUUAAAAAAAGUUUUCUUUUCAUUACUAAUGCAUGUGUGUAAAAAUUCUAUUAUUGUUAGUAUUUAUCGAUAAUUUUCACUAUAAAUAAUUUAGUUUUUAACUAAAAUCGUAUUUUAAGUGCUUCAAAUUGCUCACCAGUUCUGUGUUCUUGUUAUAUAUUUUAACAUUUGUAUCUAUUAUUUGUUAUUGAUUCCUAAAUUUAGUUCAAUGAUCAUUGUAACGAAAACUCGCAACAAUCAGUUUUAUGAUUUUAUAAAACACAUGUAAAACCUCGGUAGGUUUGUUAGACUAAAAUUGGUACAAAUAUUGUGUACACAACUCAUUAUUGAAGCUAGUUAUUUUGAAUCUACUCAUCUAAAAUAAAUUUUUAUAAUGUACAUUAAAGAGAUGAGUCUGCUAGCAUGGUGAUAUGAGCAUUUGAGUAUUUCGUAAUUGCAAUUGAGUCUGCAAGAGACAUUAAAUAUAGAACGACAUAGUGUAAUUUAAUAGAUUAGUAACACCAUAAAAAAUGUUCAAUCAAUUGUAACUUUUCAUGAGUGCAAACAUAAUUAUACAGAUAAUCUCAAGAUUAUCUAAACUUACGAUUAUCUUACUCAUAUAGGUAUUUUAGAAUAAUUCGUUUGAAAAUUCAUGAGCAUUGGUGCAAAAUUAUAAGGAUUAUGUAACUUUGGCCACUGUAAACACACAGGGAAAUGAAUUACUGAUUAUCAUUCAGUGCUAAAAAGAUGUUUCGUCACAUCAAUGUAGUUCUUGUGUGUAUAUUCUAUGAGUGUUUUACCAAAACAAAAACCGAGGAAAUGCAAAACAUGGCUAAUUUAAUUAAACUCUUAGAAAGCCGUUCACCGCAAAAAGUUUUCCUACUAUCAUUCAGAACAUUUUCUGUAACGAAAAUUCGUUCGAAUUUCCUUAAACUCUGGUCCUCUAUGGGUUCGAUACAUUCAAUUUUGUACAUGUAAUGCUCGAGGAGCACAAAAGGCUAAUAGUAAUUUUGAGGGACCGUUCUUCUUUCAUGCUUACGCAACAUAGUACCAAAGCUUUCCUGUAUGGAGUGCUUAUGCGUUCGAAACGGUAUUUACGAAUAAUAUUGGAUGAUGACUACAGAAUAUAUCUUCAGAUAUAACUAUCAAUGCUUUGUAAUAAAAGAAAACAUUAAAGUCAAAUUAAAAAACUGGAAAUUCAUUUGAAUUCAAAGUUGAAGAAAACAAACACAAAUGAUUCUGAAAACAGGCUUGAUACAUGACUGAACUUUUAUCGAAAGAAAAAGUAAAUUUGCCAAUUAUUAGUAUCAAUUUAUGAAAGCCUCCGAAUCACUUGUGAGCCAAAUUGUAGAUGAAAAAUGAACGCAUAAUUGAAUUUUUCAUUAGAUAAUUUUAAUAUAAAAUUUUUUGUUUUUAUGUGAGUAAUAAUAAUUGCAAUAAUAAUGGUGAUGAAAUAUACCUAUAAAAGAUCUUUCAUCGUUGAUGUAAUGUUCUUUAGAAUUAAAAUUUUUUAAUCAUGCAUGUAGAUAAAAGAAUCAUUUGUCAACGAUAGUAGCAAGUACUUUUUUUACUCAAAUAAAUAUUCAAACGAAGAAAAUUUUUUUUUAAGUUAAGAAGAAUCCAUCAAUAAAAUAAAUCAAUGUGAAUAAGCAAAAUGAAUAGCGCAUUACUUACGUUGUAAAAUUUAAUUUAAGUCCAACGUUUACAAUAAUACAGGUAAUGAUGCGCGAAGUAUGUGUCAUUACACUUUUAGAUAGUUAGAAAAUUUCUUUUAAUACAUUGUCCUAAUGAUAUUACUUUGCAAUUCUGUACUCAGUGAUUUUUACAAAUAAUUCCAAUAUCAAGACUGAAUGGUGUUGGUUCAAAUUGCAUCAAUAAUUAUUUAAAAAACAGCUAAAAUAAUCAUUUUUCAUCGCAAAACGGAACUCGCGACCCACCUAAAACCGACAUCAAGGUCUAGACGUGCAAUUUUUUUCAAAUUAGUUAAAAAUGUAGCAACCUUAAGUAAUAAAUGUUAUUAUGAAUAUUUAUCAAUCUAUCUUGUAAAUACAUGUACAUAUGUAUAUCGUCUCUAUUUUAUACUAGGGCUGACAUAAGCAUGUUAGCAAAUUAAUAUCACGAUGAAACUUACAUAAAAAGUAAAAAACCUGAAACCUAAUCCAGGAAAAAAAUUAAAUGGUUAGUAAAGAUAGUGUAAUAAAUACCAUUAAGCGAGGUAAACAACACAUGCAUGUUGUAAUGAAAUCAUGUGUUGAGGUACUUUUUUAAAGAAAGUUUUAUUACUUUACUUCGUCUUGUGAUGUCAACAAAUCUGAAUAAUCUGGAUUCAUUUUUGUAUAACAGAUUAAUGAAACCACUUAAUAAAAAGUACUACUUUUGUGUAAUAAUA